GUAGGAAGCUAAUAAAAAUUCACUCUUAAUUAUAAAUUCUUUAUUUGCAUUAUGCACCCACAAAAUUUUACACCAAUCAAUGUUUUCAAAGAUCAAUCACAAAUGUUUAUUGAUAGCCAGCAUCUCCUGAUGUUAGUUGUUAUGUUUACACGAGUUUUUAUUCAGUCGGUCGCAGUGCGUCCAUAUGGCAGCACGUUAUUUAAAUACAUUACUCGAUCUUAACUUUCGGGCUACUAAGGUACGGGUCACAAAACAAAAAGUUUUCAUUACUGCGCGAUUUUAAAAUUAAGAACAUAAAAAUUCCCGCGCAAAUAGAUAGUCUAUAUCUAUGGUCUAAUACAGUAAGUUCUUUAUAAUGUCGAGAGUUUGAGAGCAAUGGAAGUGGACCGUAUUCUUUAUAUUUUCGGAAGCUUCACGAGAAAGAAACAGGAUAAGAGGAAAUCUUUUGAACAGUCUUCGAUAAGUGCUGGGAACAGCCCGUUGCGGGGUCCGAGAGCGCAGCGUCCGAUCAGUCAGAACUUGAAUGUGGCGCCGAGGACGUCUGCCUAUGAUGAUGGACAAGUGAAGGAAUGGGAGUGUGGAUUGUGUCGGAAGGAGCUUGUGGAACCACGGCUGUUGGCCUGCUUGCAUAGUUUCUGUACCGGAUGCUUGCAGGGACUGCAUCAUGAAGGAGAGACAGAGGAAUGGAGUGAAAUCGAGCGAAGGUCAAUUCGUGGAGAAGGUAGCGAGCUAAGGUCAGCAUCAUGUGCCGGCUCAGCUGGCUCAGGCUACGAGAGUGACUUACGCCAUUCCGGCUCUGAUGUCAGCUGGGAUCGCGGCCAUAGAAAAUACAGCAUUUUCUCUAGAAGGGUGUCAGGCAAAAGUGUUCAGUUCCUAUCGUGCCCAACAUGCGAUCAUGAAACUCCUCUCCCUAUCGGAGGUAUAGCAGCCCUCCCCCUCAACUACAUACUUCUGCGGAAGAUGGUGGCUGCUGGCAGAGAUGACAGCGCCAAUGUACUUUGUGAUCUAUGUAACUGUGACAAUAAGGCAGAGAGUAAAUGCGACCAGUGCCUGGUAAGCGUUUGUUCGUCCUGCAGCGAGGACCACGGCCGACAAAAGGCCACGGCGCGUCACUCUCUGAGGCCGCUGGACCCUCUGCCGGUGCGACACUGCAGUCAGCACCCGCGUGCGGAGUUAUCAGUCUAUUGCGCCACCUGCCAACAGCCUGUUCAACUGGCACCAAAGCUUACAAAGAAGACUGAAGCCCUUAAGUUUGGCCGUUGGGUCUGCAAAAAUUCCGCAAAAAUCAAUAUCAAAGUGAGAGAGACUCUGGGCCUUGAUGCAACGGGGUGA